CUGUAGGAGAAGAAGAUACAAGCAGAUGAAGAGUCAACUGAUGAUCACUAUAAAGAAUAUAUGGAAUGAUAUAUUAGAAGAUUUGCAACCGGUUAGUUUUUACCUCUAUAGGCUUAGCCCUUCAAACAAUAUAUUAGAAGAUUUACAACAAAUUAUCACUAGUUCUAGUAGCUUGCUAUCUGCUUGCGAGGUCGUAGAGCACUUGAUCACACUUGUGUUUAGAAAUUAGGUAUCAGAUAUAGAGAAUGUUUUUCGGCUGGGAAGCGGACGAAAGGCAUCCACCGAAAAG